AUGGAGGAUGAUUAUCGCCGUCUGCAACCAGUGAAGCUUGACAUCAUAGGCACGGAGACGGGCAGGGAGAGAGUGGGUAUCUCUGGAUACGUCGCCUUCAAUCGAGACGGCUGGUUUCUGGCGCCCAGCAUCGCGAAUUGGCGGAACAACUUGACUGCCUGUUCUCAGCGUCACAACCUCUACUUCAUUGCCCAUCGAGAAAGUGUUGCGGUCUUCCAACCAACGUUUCCCUCCCACAAGCUUGGACGUCAACCCCAGAUCAACAUCGUACCGGCCCUUGCUAAGGCCAAUGCACGUGGUAUCUUAGAUGCCUCGCGGCCCCACAGCAUCAACCACUUGAUAGUAGGCGAACUGGGGUCUGAAGAGAUCCUGUUUCUGUCCACUGACUCAGGCAAUGUGGCUGCUUAUUAUACUGGAAGUAUCCAAGAGGGCAUCGAGAAGGAGCCAUACAGGUUCAGCCAGGAAGGCCGGAGUGACUUAGUUGGUAUCCGACCUUUUUUCACUCACUGGGUAUAUGAAAGCGCUUGGGGAUUGUCUAUUCACAAGCAUGCCCGAAUGCUCGCUGUCAGCUCAAACAAGCCAUAUUUUGAACCGGCUAUUGGAGAAGAUGCUGCGAUUACAGUCUUUGCAUUCGCCUUGACGAGCUCCGACGCAUCAUCAUCCCCACUCAGCAGUGAUGCGAUCACACCUCCGAAAGAGGACGAGUCUGAUUGGAGGUUCUGGGUUCCCGAAGCGACCAAUCCGACCAAGUUGCCAGACCGCUCGGUGAAUUGGAAGACGAGGCUCGAGGCGCAUCCCUGCAAUAUUCCCAGCAUUUCAUUCGUCAAUUCAGAUGACGAUAGAGGGGGCAAUUACUUGCUCAGCACCGAUAUCCAAGGUAUCACGAAAUGCUGGCACAUAUGGCAACGUAACGUUCUUUCUACGUGGGAUUUUUCUGCGGUGGGCAGUUCCUCUAACCCUUACCUCAACUCUCAGCAAACUCUGUGGGAUUCCCCCCAAAUCCCAUCAUUGACAUUGCGACUGACCUUUCUUAGCAGUGGCUGGACGGUUUUAGCUCUUGACCCAAGCAGCUUUCAAGUUGUCGACACCCAGGAAGAGUUUUGCGGCGCUGCAGCCGAAUAUGACAACUCCUCAGGCUGUUUCAACAUCACUCCGAGUCUUCAUCGAGUACCAGGCCAUGACAGGUCUUUCGCAGCUGGUAGCGCCGUUUCUCCAGCUCCCAGCGACGAUUCUAUAUCCGACAGCGAUUUGAUUGGUAUAUUGGACGACGACGAUGACGCCGCCUCUUCUGGUUAUUAUGAUGAAGAGGUAGAAGAGGACAUUUUUCAGGAUAUCAUUGCUGGAGGUAUCUCUUUUCACAUUGAGGCCAGCAAUAGUAUGGGGCCAGGAUCUAUGGAUCCUGAUUCACAAUCCAACACAGACGAGUACAGUCACGGUGACGAUGAUGGGUCCACUGAGACUGAGACUGAGAGUGAGGAUGGAAUGGUAUCGGGCAAUCUCAUGAGGAUUGACAGCCAGCUUAGUCAAGUCAAUCCAGAUGAAGCAGAGAAGGUCAAAAUGCAUCAUUCAGGCAUGCUUCCAGCAUUCCCGCCACCAGUAUAUAAACCGAAAAGUCCUAUGAUCCCGACUCUCCACCUUUCAGCUUCCCACCUUCGCCUCUUCGAUGCCAACCAUCCUGAAGAGGCUUCAAUAUACUGCUCCGAACCCCUCAGCUUCCAAUGGCCAAUGUACCACGCAACUCGCCCAGAUAUUGACAGACUAAACCUGAUGCAAUACAUACCCGAACUUGGAAUAGUGGUAAUUGGAACGCAGAUCGGCCGCGUUGCUGUGUGCACACUUACCAAGAAAGGAACAAAAGGCUCAUUUUGCCUCCGAGUCGACUGGAUUCUACCAUUUGAAUCGCAGGAGAAAUCCCGUGAGAGGCCUCAGACGCAUCUAAUAGGGAUUGCGGUCGGACCUGUCCAAGGCCAUCACAUCUCAAGACCUAGCUCAGUGUGCGGCGGCGACGACGACGACGGCGACGAUAUGAAAGACAGCUGGUUGCGGGACAGGAUCGACGAAGACGGUGUCUCAACGACCUUCGAUCCAGAGGUGAUCAGGAUCAGACGAGAUAGCAGCAGCAGUACGAGCACGAUUGACGAUUUACAGAACUCCAUCAACAAUCAUAUUAGGCCCUCACGAUCAGAAACCAGACAAACAGCAGCAGCAGCAAAGGCCACUAAGCGCAGACGAUCCCCGCCCCUAGAUUGGAGAUCAGUCAAGCAAGCAUGGCCGUCUCGAUCAGAAACGACGGAGGCAAACCCCAUCAAGGACGAGUCUUGGAGGGGAAUUGAUUACUCCCGUCGCCAUCGCCUGAUGCUGACUUAUUACGAUCAGACCGUCAUGACGUAUGAGCUGUCCAGGGGACGGCCGUUUGUGGGGGAUCCGGUGCUGGCGAGGCCGAAUUGGAGGAAUAGAGAAGGUUAUGUGUGA